AAACAGAAGAUAGAGGGAGUCUCGGAGCUCGCCAUCUCCGCCGAUCUCUACAUUGGGAAAAAAAACAUGGAGUCAGCUCCGGCAGCCCCCGACCCCGCCGCCAGCGAGCCGGGCAGCAGCGGCUCGGAGGCGGCCGCCAGCUCCAGGGAGACCCCGCUGACCCAGGACGCGGGCCGCAAGAGCGAGGCGCCGGGCGCGGGUCGCAGGCAGAGCUACGCGAGCUCCAGCCGAGGGAUCUCAGUAACGAAGAAGACACACACAUCUCAAAUUGAAAUUAUUCCAUGCAAGAUCUGUGGAGACAAAUCGUCAGGAAUCCAUUAUGGUGUCAUUACGUGUGAAGGCUGCAAGGGCUUUUUCAGGAGAAGUCAGCAGAGCAAUGCCACCUACUCCUGUCCUCGUCAGAAGAACUGUUUGAUCGAUCGAACCAGCAGGAACCGCUGCCAGCACUGUCGGCUGCAGAAAUGCCUUGCCGUGGGCAUGUCUCGAGACGCUGUCAAGUUUGGCCGGAUGUCCAAGAAGCAGAGAGACAGCCUAUAUGCUGAGGUGCAGAAGCACCGGAUGCAGCAGCAGCAGCGAGACCACCAGCAGCAGCCUGGGGAGGCUGAGCCGCUGACGCCCACCUACAACAUCUCAGCCAAUGGGCUGACGGAACUGCAUGACGACCUGAGCACCUACAUGGACGGGCACACCCCCGAGGGCAGCAAGGCCGACUCUGCCGUCAGCAGCUUCUACCUGGACAUCCAGCCCUCCCCUGACCAGUCAGGACUGGACAUCAAUGGGAUCAAACCUGAACCCAUAUGUGACUACACACCAGCAUCUGGCUUCUUUCCCUACUGCUCCUUUACCAAUGGAGAGACUUCCCCAACUGUAUCCAUGGCGGAACUAGAACACCUUGCGCAGAACAUAUCCAAAUCCCACCUGGAAACCUGCCAGUACUUGCGGGAAGAACUGCAGCAGAUAACGUGGCAGACCUUCCUGCAGGAGGAGAUCGAGAACUAUCAGAACAAGCAGAGAGAGGUGAUGUGGCAGCUGUGUGCCAUCAAGAUUACAGAAGCUAUCCAGUAUGUGGUGGAGUUUGCCAAACGCAUUGACGGGUUUAUGGAGCUGUGUCAAAAUGAUCAAAUUGUGCUUCUAAAAGCAGGCUCUCUAGAGGUGGUGUUUAUCAGGAUGUGUCGUGCCUUUGACUCUCAGAACAACACCGUGUACUUUGAUGGGAAGUAUGCUGGCCCCGAUGUCUUCAAAUCCUUAGGUUGUGAAGACUUCAUUAGCUUUGUGUUUGAAUUUGGGAAGAGUUUGUGUUCUAUGCACCUGACUGAAGAUGAAAUCGCAUUAUUUUCUGCGUUUGUACUGAUGUCAGCAGAUCGCUCGUGGCUGCAGGAAAAGGUAAAAAUAGAAAAACUGCAACAGAAAAUUCAGCUAGCCCUUCAACAUGUCCUACAGAAGAACCACCGAGAAGAUGGGAUUCUAACGAAGCUAAUAUGCAAGGUGUCUACGUUAAGAGCCUUAUGUGGACGACAUACAGAAAAGCUAAUGGCAUUUAAAGCAAUAUACCCAGACAUUGUACGACUCCAUUUUCCUCCAUUAUACAAGGAAUUGUUCACUUCAGAAUUUGAGCCAGCGAUGCAGAUCGAUGGGUAAACGUAGUACCCGAGCACUUCUAGAACAUCUGAAGUACAAACAUGAAAAGAAAAAAAAAAAAAAGGAAACAAAACAAUGACAACGAAGACAAAAUUAACUGAGACACUUUCUAUGGCCCUGAACAGCCCUGGAGCGCCACCACACUGCACAGACAUCUUAUGGUGAUCGGGGUUCAGGCACAGAGGGAAAACAAUCAGAACCAAUAAAAGCUAAACUUGUUUUGCUCAUGCAUAUGAUUUCCACUAUGCCGACAGAUACGGACCCUUUUUCUGUCUCGACUUCUAGAGCGGUUGACCUCUGCAUAUAACAGGAGGAGGGUACUACGGUCAGAGGAGUCCCUUUUCUUCUAGCUCACUGCCCACAGACUCUUACGGGUAACAACAGAGUCCAGCAGUAAUCGGUGACCCCAGUGUGCGUAGUGGGGGGGGGGGGGGUCGCGGCGGUACUUUGCACAGCUUGCUUUUCUGUGUCAUGAAGGAAGAUUUUGUUUUUCUCACCGAUUAUUGCCGGUCAGCGGGAUGGCGUGAAAAGGGGAUCCAUAGCGCUCACAACAAUAGCAUUAUAAUAUAUUACACAGGGUAAAUGGGCAUGAAGACUAUAUAUAGCUAAAGAGAUAUUGUUUAUAUAUUGUUUUAAUUAAUAUAAACUGUAGUGACUGGCGUAGCUUUUCCUGUUGAAUUGAUAAGGCACUUUCUGUUUUGCACCUUUUGUUUCCUUUAAAUUAAAUGCUAGUGUGUUCACUGUCGCCGUGUCGCAUGUACACCAGAAACACAAGUUUAGCUGAGAAGGCUUGGAAGGUACGUCGGGAGGUAUUUAUGCUGCUGUUUACAAAAACAAAAACAAAUAGCAAUUACUUUUAAAAGACUGGCUGGUCAUAUCCAGAAAUCAACAUGUUGAAUUUUUUUUUCCCACCUUGUAAAUUUGGAAUUAACGGACUGCUCCCUAAAUCGUAUUUUGUUUUGCAUGCAAUUAAGAAUGGGUGUGUUUAUGCUUCCGACAGAGUCGAAGAGUAUCUGGUGCUGUGGGCUUAAACCAUAUGUGCAUUUUCUGAAGUUUUUAAAAUGCCACCUUUGGGAAGUGGAGGAGGAGAGACUCAUUUGACUCAAUUCAGUAGUCAAAGUGACACAGUAUCAACUUGGAAUUCGGAUGCUUUCAGAACUAAUUAGUAACCAGAAUUGAUUAAAUUUAUGGAUUAAAUUGUAGCUCUUAUUUAGAAGAAGGACCCAAAGACUCUAUGUGGAGCAAACACACUCCCCACAUUUAUUGAAUGUCUUAUGUUCUUGGCAUCAGGAGCCCUAAGAAUUCAUCUCAGAGAAAACUGAUCCUGGACUAGCUGUCCCAGGUUCUAGACUGCUCCUCUCCAUGUUGGGUAGACAAUGGAUGAAGAUGGACGGAGACAGUGUCGAACCUGGUUCCUGUAUUUAAAAUAAGCCUUCAGCGUGAAGGUGAUACCAGCUGCAGACAUUUUCUCGUGUAUUCAUCUUCACUAGGAAACUGUGGACUGUAAUUUAUUUUUUUAAAUAUUUAGAAGAUAGUUUGGCUUUUGUGUUCAGGUAAGAAGUAUUGAGGUAUCCUUGAUUAAUUCUGCAUUUAAAAAAAAUAAUGCCCAGUGGGAGUAGGAAGGAAUAUUCUUAUGUUCACAGGUGUGUAUAUUUUUAAAAGCAAGGGCCCUGGGACUAGAGAGAGAUGGUGGCUUAGAGGUCAAGAGCGCUUAUUGCUCUAUCAGAGGAAUAACCCCAGCAAUCAGAUCAGGCCACUCAAAAAGCCUGUAGCUCCAGCUCCAAGAUACCAGUGUUCCCUCUGUGAGCAAGCGCACACACAGUGAGAGAAACAGAGAUUUAAAAAAAAUCAAUAAAUUCUUUAAAACAAGUGCCCUUUUGAGAAAUUUGGAGGCAUUUGGGAGAUGACUUUGGUCAUAAGACACUGGUCUGGCAUCAAAGACCAUAUCUGUAAGGAAAAGGGAACAUCUUCCAUGGUACAAAGGUGGGUGCGUCUACGAAACCCUAUACAUCUAAUGGCCUCCUCUGCCACUAGGGUCCUUCUAAUAUCUUUUGCCAGCAUUUCUGUUCCUGCUGAUGUCCAUAUGAUGGGUUUACCAGGGCCAGCUUCCCAGAGCACUUCACAAUUUUUAACUUCGCUGACUUUCUGCCUUAUUUACUGAGGGACUUGGAAAGUAGGAAGGAAUUAUUUGUACAGAAAUGUGUGGGUGAAGCCUAAAUAACAUCUGAUUUUUUUUUUCAAAAACAUAGUUAAGGGUUUAACCAUAAACAGGAGAGUGAUAUUUACUUAAAUUUCUUACAAGCAUAGAAAAUUUUAUGUGUUUAUAUAGAGAGGUUAGCUGUCAGCAUAUAGUAUUUAUAUUGGGCAAGAAGGGGUAAAUCAAAAUUUUAUUUAAGCAUAGUUCCUUUAAAGAUUAAUAGUAUUUAUAUUCUGAAAAGAGUACAGUUUUGUUAUUUAUUUACCCUUUUUUUUUUUCUGUUGUUUCUCCUGUGUGAGGGAAUGGUGUGAGGUUGGGUUUGGUUUUCGUUUUUCCUUUCUUUUUUAGUUCAGAUUCACUAAAUUUGGGGAUGGUUUUAGUAAAAUAUAUUAACUUCUUUUUAACCAAAGCUUUCUGCAUAUGACCAGCCUCAGGUGCUAGCGCACUAAAGAGCAACUAAACCUAAUUCCAGUGUCCAUGUGUGAAUAAGGUGAGCUGACCGAACUUCUCUAAGGGUGAGAAAGAAGGUGACAUUGAACUUCAGAGAAAUUCGUUUUCCCAGAAAGGAUUCUGCAUGUACCUAAUGCAAAACAAACACAAGAUACUGCAAUCUCAGUACCCUGCCAUGGUGACAUUGCUUUGACAAUACAGCAGGAGAGGGUGGUGUGAUACUGUUUCCAGGUGUAUCUGGAAGAAAAGCAGGAAGUAUGCUUUCAGAGCAAACUCCUCCAACAUUAUUGGGACGGAGCCAUAGAGACAGAUGCUCUGAGAAACUGAGGGACAACUAUGGUUUGCACCUACGUUGAGAGGAACAGGAUGUAAAACCUUUGGCAUUUUUCUUUUCUUCCUUAUGGUGAGAACCACUUGUGUGGUGUCACAAGGUGGUUGCUGACACAGAACCAUAACGCUUACUAGUUCAUGUCAUUGAAGUUGCCUGAACUUAAAAGGCUCAACAGUCUCCUGGGGACUGAACAGUAUUGUAUGCUCGGCUGCUAGAAGGCCAUCAGACAACUCUUUUUUACGGAAGGUAAAUGAGGCAUUUGUACAAAAUCUGGAUGUUGUUACUGGGAUACUCAAGUGAUCCAGCAACAUCAUGAGAAAUUGGCCUUGGCCACAGCGAAAUCCAAAGUGCAGUUGAAAACACUUUUUGGACAGAUCACAAAUUGUGCUAAGGCUAUGGAUUUUUUUUUUUUUUAAGCAUUCAGCAUUCUAAUUUGUGUUAAAUCCAUGGAUUUUUUUUUCCAAAGUCUUUCACAUCCUGAUUCACCCUUCCUAACUUAAGGAAAACAUGACCUAAGACACUGCUUCAAGUUUGGUUGUUCUUUAGCGAGUGGAUACCAGAUCUCUGUGAGUGAUGGGGGUGGGCUGAGGAUCAGGGGAGGAAAGAGGGUUUUUGCCUGUGUGUGUGUGUGUGUGUGUGUGUGUGUGUGUGUGUGUGUGUGUGUGGCUUUUGUGUGUAUGAUAUGCGUGUGUUAGACCGCUUCUAGGCUACUAAGUGUCAAUGGGAAAGAAAAUGUAUUCAAAAUACAUAAAUCAAAACUAGAAGAUGGAAAGAAAAAGAUUUAUUCUAUACAAAGCCUUGUCUGGACCACUCUAGAGAGACUUCUAUUUUUUUAACCCUUCUAUAAAUAUUUGAUGGCACUAGAAAUAUUCCUGCAAUAAGAUGUGAUUUGUGUAAAGAAAAAAAAAAGAUUUUGUAAUGUGAAACAAAGAAAGAAAGUAAUGUAAUUUUCUAAAAAAAAAUACAAACAAACAAACUUUGUAUUAUUUUCUUGAUGGAAUUUGCCUAUCUGUCUUUGGAAAAAACUUUUUAUUUCAUUGAAUGUGCCAUAGUAGAUGUACGUGUUUUUAGUUUUAGACUAAGGGAUGGCUGUUUGUGUUCCGACAUUCCAAAAUGCAAAGCAACUUAGAAGAAGCCUUGAUGAGGAGGUUUCAGUAGGAUGCAAGCGUCUCCUUGCCGCUCUUUUUGCACACGUCUUUAAUUCCUACCUAGUGCAAUAUCUGUACAUAGAGCACUUGCGGGUGUACUUUGAUCCCUCAGGGAAAAACACAUGUUUGUACAGUUGUUGGGUUUGUUUUGGUUUUUUGUUUGUUUUGGGGUUUAUUUUCCUUUUGGUUUUUUGGCUAAGGAAUGUCGAUCGAAUCACUUGUCAAUGUUGAGAGGCAGCCAGAUAAUCCGCCUAAAGCCACUGUUUCCAACACCGAUUGUUUGAGUCAUGUCUUUCCAGUACUAUUAUUUUCAAAUAACAAUUAUUAAUAAUAUUAAUAAUAAUAAUAAAAAGCUAUUUUCUGACAGUUCUUUGUGCUGACUGGUGGAAACCGAAAGGGGGAAAAAAGCACCUUAUGAUUGACUUACUGUGAAUGACAAUCCAUCUUGGUGUCAAAGACAGCCCUGUUGUCCGGAGUUGGGGCUGAGAAUCAGAAACACUGUGCUCAGGGAUCUUCUAAAACUCUUAAACAGGGUGGCCAGUGGACUGGGACAAAUUGUGUUCUUACUAUUAAAAAGAAUGAUGAAUGCUAUCCCUCCAAGGCACAAGUGAACUGUAGAGAAGUGUGUAUAUGUGUGUGUGUCUGUCUCUCUGUCUGUGUGAACUCUUCACUGUCUCAUUUUGUUGAGUUCAAAAUUCCUGUGUUUCAGAAUACUUUGUAACUCCUGAGGCAGUGGACGUUCUGCCAAUGUGUAUGAAAGAUGACUUCAGAAAUGACAGACCAGUCAAGGAGCAAAGCCCAGCCUGUUUGCUAUUUCCCUAACAAUUAAGACGAUCGUGGGAAAUAAUUUUACAUUUUAAACAGUUUCAAAUUCUAUGUGUUAUGAAUUAAGGUUUUUUUCUUAAACCAGCAGUAAAACCUAUCAGUGAAAUAGGCAGCAACAGAGUCUUUCAGAUCUAGAAAACAACAGUUUUGGGGUUUUUGUGUGUGUGUGUGUGUGUUUUUCCAUUGUAUUCUCCUCCAGGAGCAAAUCAAACUCCUGUUAUGCAAAACAGUUCCUAUUCCACAGCCCUAGCUUUUUUGGUUUGUGGGGUUUUUGUUUGUUUUCUUGUAAGAGCUGACAUUUAAAGACAGAUCAGUCCCUUCAUGACAGACCACAACUCGAUCUAGCUUUCAGGGUUUCACAGUUCUGACCAUAGUUCUGGCCUCACAUUCCCAUAUACCACUUCCCAUAAAGGCAGCUCAGUGUAACUACUGAUUCUGAGUCUCCUGCCCCAUAACACAUGCCUGGCAGAAUCACAUAGCUUCUUAUUGCUGUAAGAGAACUUGGUGUAAGAAACCUGUCCCUGUCCAUCAGGUGACAAUACCACCUCGCACCUUGUUUGGAGUGGAGAAGGGAGCAGAAAUCUCCCUCCUUUUCUCUCCCCAUUGAUGCACCUGUGUACAUGUGAUAGACAUUUUUACAUACCAUCACAGGGCCACCUCUUACUCAAAGUUGUGACGCAGAACCCCACAAGGGCAGCCUUGUACUAUGGAUCAGUUAUGUGCCCAGAAAUGCAGCCACAACAGUCAAAUGAGCAUGCUGCUCUUCAUUCUAUUCCCCAAACACUAAUGUAUGAGAUGCUUCUACCAGCUUUGAUAAUAGGGACUUCCCGGUGCUGUUGAUUUUUAAUUGAUUGAGAAGGCCAACUAUCAAUGUCAUCAAAGGUGACUGUGUGCUCCCUGUGCCCAUGCAUGCAUGUGUCUCAUCAGUUCGCGACACUAUCAAAAUAAUGUUUUUAAACGAGCAAGCAGGAAGGCUGCUUCAUACCAAGAAGGUGGCUCCCUGUCCAUGAAUGGAGGCAGAGUAUGUUCGACCACACACACCCUCAGAACUUAGAGCAAUAAACACUAUUCAGUCGCUUCUUUACUUGUAAAUGGGUGACAGAAUAUUUGAUCCAAAUAGAAACCACCAUUUCCCAGGGGUCUCGUGUGGAGAGUGGCGAUGAAUGUUUGGAAGAGAUACCCAGAGAAUGUGUUCUCUGUUUACAUGCAGUGUAUUUUGCCACAUAAGCUGUCCUGUGCUUUUCCUUUGAUCCUCCUAGAAGCUAAUGACAGCUUGCUGUUAGCUUUAUAUGCUAUGCAUGUCAUUAUGUUGUUCUCCCAGGACAACUGGCUUCUCUCCCGUGUUCCUGUAUGAUUCCUUUCUCAUGAUGACUUGUGUGGAGGAGUCACUACGUCUAAGUGAUGAUCACUGAACACAUUGCAUACAUAAAUGCAGAAAUUUCUUGAGCAAUAUAGUGAAUAUGAUUUCACACACACACACACACACACACACACACACACACACACAACCGGUAUGUACUGUACACAUCUCCCCGAAUCCUCAAUUCUCUGCUUCUCCACAGUGGUUUGAAAUCUCAUCUACAACAGUGGCAACCGUUUUAAACAGUAGGACAUUAGCUGGCUGCUUCUUUAAAUGUACCUGUACUGUCUGCCUGCUCCUUUUGUGGAGAUGUGUUUUUGUAUUGGAUGUUUGGGCCAAUGGGAGGCUUCAAGCUACAACCUAUUUUCCCAGUUUAAAUAUAUUGAACUUAUGACAAACCCCAGACAAGGCUUUUAAUCUGUAAAGAACUGCAGUGUUGGGUGGUUUAUUUACAAACCGUUUUCAAUGUUGUCCAUUUUUAUGGCACCUUUAACAAUAUACUUGUUUCCAAAGUACAAAAAAAUAAUAGGUUAAAUAAUCUAGCCAUAACUGAAUGUCAAGCAAUAAAACAAAUGACUUUUGUGCAUAGACUUUAAAAACUACAAAUUUUAGACAUCUGCAUGUAAAUGCAAUCUCUUGUUUACUGCUUUCUUCAACUCGAGCAACAGAUUCCUUAUUUACUAUUAACUUAAGAACUUGUAAUGGCCUGUACACAUUCUCUCCUACUCUUCUUUCAAAUUUACCUUCACCCUGCUUUUGAGUCCUAAUAUUUAAUGUUGUUCUGCACACCUCUAUACAGUUAACUUUCUGGCUUUCGUUCUGUAUAGAUAAGAAGAUGUUAUAUUAUAAACAGCCUACUCAGUGCAAAUAUUUAUCUGUUUAUCAAAUCCACAAUAUGCUGUGUAAUACUGGUUUUACGAUAUAAUCUAUUUUAGACAUAGCUGUUUAGAACUAGAGUGUGCUAUUUUUGUGUUUUUCUGAUGUGUGGUGCUAGAUAAGUUACUUUUGUGAACAAAAAAAAUUAUCCCUUUUAUUCCUAGACAAAACCACCUUUGGGUCUUGUUAAUUUCACUGAGUAUAACUAUAUAUUUGUAUAUAUAUACAUAUAUAUAUAUAUAUUUACCUGUACCCAACUGGCAACUGUAUCAGAGUGCUAGAUUUGGGACAUGCUUUUCUCUUUAAAUACAUAACAUCAUUAUAUAAAUUAUUCUAGAGUGUAUUUAAUUAGGAUAAAAUUACAUCCUUAGUAUGGAUAUUUGACAUAUACUGGGUGAGUUUGUUCAUAAAUAUGGACAUGAAAAACUGUUACCAUUUAUUUAAGUGUGUUGCUCAGCUUUACAUCACAUCUCUUGAGCUGAAAAAUAAUGACAGGCCUUGACCCCAAAGCAACAAUCUUGUUUAGUGGAGAAAUCCUUUCUUGCCUUACUGAGGAACUCUAUAAUUGGCACCUGACUAAAAUCUACAUUAAUUCCUAGUAUAGAAAAUACGUAGAAUAUUUAUAGAGGAUUGAUAGCACCGUAGGCCAUUCCCCUCGUCUCAGUCAUGAGAUGUAUGGACAUAUGCAUUGGGCUACACUCCAAAUUCAGCAAGGGAUGGUGUUUUAUUAUGACCGCAACCAGUUCUGUGAACUGAGUGGAGGACCUUUGUUAACUCUUUGACCUCUUUCCAAGACCAAUUGGCAUUGUUAGAGUUGUACAGCAAAUAUCUAACUAAGGAUGUAAUUAGCCUUCUUAAAUAUUGAUUAGAAUUGUUCUGUAAUAUUACUGAAUUUGUAAGAUCUUUAGCAAAGAUUUUUGAGCAAUUUAUAAAUAUAGAGCAAAUGUUUCUGUUUACUGCACUUUUUGUAACUGAAGGUGAUAACUUCUCAAGUCACAAUUAGUGGAUCCCACGCAUCACAAUACAUACUUAGCCACCAUUCUGGACAUUUCCCAUUUUUAAUUGCUGUUCCCUUGAUUAUAAAUGUAAUCAGGUGGUUAAUGAAAGCUAAUGCUAAUAAUUGACCUUUUAAAGUGAAUUUGAUACAAUUUAGGGAGAAAUCUCUUUUAAUGCAAUCAUGCCAUUCCCUAACUGUCUAGCUUGAAGAGAAAUUGAAACAUUUUUUGUUUGUUUGUUUGAUUGGAUGAUUGAUUGAUUGACUUUUGCACAGUUUAGUAUCCCAAGCUUCCCUAGGGUAGAAAUUUUAUCUCUUUGUACUUGCACAUGGCCAGCACAUGUCAGCAUUUGAUGACUGUUUAAAAUGACAAGUGUGCCCAUAAUUAAAACACUCCCCACCCUGAGUGUUUGGGCAAAAACUGAUACUUGCAAAGUCAUACAGUUAACAAUUCUAUAUCCAAGUCUACAAGUCACACUGUCCUUUUGGAGGACAUGAAAUGCUGAGUCUAACUGUGUGUGGGUCUCCAGGAUCAAGCACACAAAUGUCACACAACUCUACAGGUAGCAAGCCUGGCCUGCUGGAAGUAGUUGUGAAAGUCUGGAAGCAGCGAUGCCGAACCUAUAAAUAAGAUGCUGUCUCUUUUGUGUACAGGAUGUAAAGCUUCUUUUUCUGUCACACUAGAAAUGCAAACCAUUUAUGGGAUUCUUAAAAACCAUAGUAUGGACCUAAAACUUUGCUAAUGAUCUUUACUAGAGGCUCAUCCCACUUUACACUGACAUUGGUUUUCUUUUCAAUCCUCUCUCUACAGUAGUAGAUUCCUUAUUCCCAGCUGUUUAUUUUAUUGAAUCCUGAAUUUAAAGAAAAAAAUAUUUUGAUUCAUUUUGUAAAUACAAGAUGUAAAAAAAAAGAGAGAUUUAAUGUUGUCUUUUAAAUACUCCAAUUUUCAUUCUAAUAUGGAUGUUGUUAUAUUGUACUUAGCAACUGUACCUUUAACAUUACAGUACCUUUAUUAAAAGUGCAUCGAACACAUCAAUUUUAGAUGUGCUUUAUGUGCUCUUAUCCUAUAAUAAAACUUCAGCUUCUAAUGGAA